AUGCAAAAAUUUGUUUAUUUUUUGCUCUUUUUCUGCGGCUUCUGCUAUGCUGGACCCUGCGAAGAUUGUCUGACCAGUGGAAAAGAGUGAGUGGUUUUCCUAUCAAAAAUGAAAUCUUACUCCUUAUUUUCAGCUUUCGGAAGCUACCUUCACAGCUUCCAGUUAAAUUAGAAAUCUCAACAGUUAUCAAUUUUUUGAAAAAAGAAGAAAAUUAAUUCAAUCACAGAUAGUCAAAAAGUAGAAAAAAAAACUGAAUGUUAGCUUUUUUGACCUUUCCGGAAAAUUUUAAAGGUUUUCCAACCGCAAUUCAUCGCUUUUAGUUUUUCAAAGGACCUAAAAAAGAGCAUUAACUUGCAAGUUAGAAAUUUUAAAAACUUAUAACAAAGUCGAUAAUUAUAAAUAAAUAAAAUACGGAUUCUCAUUAGGUUUAUAAAUAAUUUCAAUAAAAACCUCUACAAAUUGAAAUUUCAGAUGGUGUGCUUCCGUCGGAAAAUGUGGCGUUUCUCCAUGUCCCGUCACUGUAAAGGUGACUUUUUAAAAAAAUUACCGUUAAAAUGAAAAAUAUAUCCAAAAAAUCGAAAUAAAUUAUUUGCAAAGUUUUAUAAUAAAAACAAGCUAUCAGCAAAAAGUGAACAUUGAUCUUUGUAUUUUGAAACUGAAUUCAACAGGUCACAUUCCUUUUACGACUUUUGACUUCUUGACUCUAUCGAUAAGAAGAAAAUUUGAGCUAUCAACGAAUUUAGAGAUGAUGUUUGUCAUAAACAGAACCAUAAUCGAGAAGAUUGUUAUGGGUCGUUAAAAAAAUUCACAAGAACUUUGCACUUUUUAUAUUCAAUUUUACUUAAAAUUUGGGAAAAAAAUCAAAAAAAUUUUAAUUAAAUUAUGCUUGUAAAAAAACUGGCAGCGAACAUAUAUUUUUCGCAUUUCACCAUAAAUAGAAAAAAAAUUCGUGAGUUUACUAUUCGCGAUGAGUUUUUUUCACUUUUUAAUCCGAUAAUGAAAAAUUCAUAAAACAAAGAAAAAAACACCGAUAAAACGAAAAAAAUUAUCAUGUUUUUUUGCGCGUGAAUUAUAAUUCAAUCUGCGCAUUGUGUGCAUGCAUGUGCUCGCGGCUGAAAAAAAGAAGCGACGGAAAUUUUUUUAAUUUAUAAAAAAACAAUUAAUUUUAUAUUAAAAAAACCUUUUUUAAUAAGAAAAAUUUUUCUCACUCCACGUUUCAAAGUGCUGAGCGAUCUAGAUAGAGGUCUUAAACAAUAAUAACAAAAGUUCACUUACCAGGGAAUGGUCUCCGGUCGCAGUGGGAUCUCUCAAUGAGACCAAUUUUUCCAGAUGUAGUUUUUCACGCUGAUCUCAAAUCUGGUCUCAAAAACUGCCGAAGAGCUCUGUGAAAAAAGUUAUGGACCCUCAAAAGUCGAAAAUUUCAGUGUCUCCGAUUGAGCUCAUUUUUGGAGGGUAUAUAGACCUUGUCCCUCUGGUCAAGAAAAACCAUUGAAGUUUUCACAAAAAAAUUUCGGAGCCCAAAUAUGAUCUUUCAAAGCCCCGCCUCACACAAGAGCUUGCGAGCGCGGUGUCCUAUUGCGAUCCGGCGACCGUCAAAGCAACGGCAGCAAGGAGCAGUGGUAAGGCGGCGGAAUGGGAAUCACGAGGUCAUAGGUUCGGUGCCCACUCUGUGCAAACUUUUUUUUGCAUUUUUUUCUAUUUUCUAUGAUUUCGUUUAAGGGCUCCUGUUUUGAGUUUUGAGGCGUAUAAACAUGAAAAUUCUUCGUUUUGUAUCAAUCAGAAGGGAUUUCUUUGAAAGUUUCAGCAAAAAUUUGAAAAAAUGCGGAUUUAUUUUUUUUUCUUGUGAAGUCGUAGUUGAACGGUGAGGUCUAAAAAAGUCAGGAAAAAAAAAUUUUUCUGUGGGAUAUGUCGGCGUAUCUAUGACUAAUUAAACUUAUAAAUCUUUUAGGAACAAAAAAAUGGAAAAAAAAAAAAUUUUUUUCUGAAAAUUUUUCUCACUCCAGCCCAUGCUCAUACAUGAAAAAUCUCGAAAAAUUCCAUGAAAAAAAUUUUUGACGAAAAUAAUUCUAGAUGUUCGAAUAGGCUUAAAACGAAGAAUUUUCAUGUUUAUACGCCUCAAAACUCAAAAUAAGAGCCCUUCAACAAAAUCAUAGAAAAUAGAAAAAAAUGCAAAAAAAAGUUUGCACAGAGUGGGCACCGAACCUAUGACCUCGUGAUUCCCAUUCCGCCGCCUUACCACUGCUCCUUGCUGCCGUUGCUUCGACGGUCGCCGGAUCGCAAUAGGACACCGCGCUCGCAAGCUCUUGUGUGAGGCGGGGCUUUGAAAGAUCAUAUCUGGGCUUCGAAAUUUUUUUGUGAAAACUUCAAUGGUUUUUCUUGACCAGAGGGACAAGGUCUAUAUACCCUCCAAAAAUGAGCUCAAUCGGAGACACUGAAAUUUUCGACUUUUGAGGGUCCAUAACUUUUUUCACAGAGCUCUUCGGCAGUUUUUGAGACCAGAUUUGAGAUCAGCGUGAAAAACUACAUCUGGAAAAAUUGGUCUCAUUGAGAGAUCCCACUGCGACCGGAGACCAUUCCCUGGUUAGUGAUGUUUUUCUGCUUUGUAGAAUUUUCUGAAAAACGCGAUUGAGCGCCACGUUGAGAAACCUCUCGUAUAUUUUCGCGAGACCUGUAAAGUACUAGCGGUUAAAUUUUUCGAACUUUUCAGAGGGCUCUAAACUGCCCAAGUUUGCCGGAUGCUGCUCAUUCCUACGACGACAGCUUUAUUCGUGCCAACUUCUUGCCAUUGAUUGGCGGAGCUCAUGCCGAUGAUCCGUACAUUUGUUUGAGGUUUAUAGUUAUGAGUGUACUUUUUUAAAAGUGAACCAUUGAUGCCGAAUCAAAUAAAAAUUUUCAUAGCCACUGGAGUUUAUUCGGACUCGUUUUUGAGCUUCAACAUCACUUUCAUUUUCGAAUCGAAAUUCAGGAAAAAUGCUCCAACGAUGGUUGUGUACAACACUGUUCGUGCCAACUGUACUGGACAAGGCGACGGACCGCGUAAGAUUUUUUAAAAUUUCGAUUCUAUGCAAAACUGUUAUUUUUUUCUUGUCUACAUCAAUCAAUGAUAAAGUACAGCGGUUUUAGACUUGUUAAAACUAGUUUGAAUCCAGAAACGCCGUGCUUCAUGUACACUGCCUACGACACAUCGAGAAAAAUCAUUUUGAUGGCCUUCCGAGGAACUUCCACGCCACAACAACUCAUCGAGGAGAUUCUCAACUUUUCUCAGUGAGUCAAAUUUUUCGAAAAAAUUUUUUAUAUGUUUUGGGGCAAAAGUGACGCAAAAUUAUUAUUUUCAAAAUUUUCAAAAAAAAAACGCGUCUUUAUUUUUCCCAUGCACACUUUUCUGUACACGCACGUUUUCUUCCUUGAUUUCGCUUUGAAAAAAAGUCUUUAAAUAAAAUGUCAAUAAGCGUUUUUUCCUAAGUUUCAUUGAAGUUAUUUUUUCAUAUUUUCGGAAAAGGUGACACAUCGCUUCCCUUAAGCACUCACUUUUUCGUGUUUUGUCUCUAUUUUUUUGGAAGUUUCCGAGAAAAAAUUUGGUGGGCUUAUUACAAGUCUAACUGGUACUACUAGGUGGCUGAAACUACUAUAGUGGCCACUAAGAGGCAGAAUAGAGACGGUUUUAGUGGCCACUUUGGUACCCUUUCCAAGAAGCCCUUGAGGAACCUCUUAAGUAGCCACUAAGGUUUUUUUUUUCCAGUUCUUUGAUACUUGAUAAGCACUGUGGCUUUAUUAACAUGCUUUUUAAAAUUGUUGAGCUCAAAAUAUCAUUUUCCUACUGAAUUCAGUAAGAAGAAGCCAUUCUUCGACGUCGGCUACAUCUUCGAUUUCUUCUACGACGCUUUCAUUGCCCUCUGGAACAACGGAUUGAGCAGCGACAUCAGGAAUUUGAAGUACCUUCAUCCGGACUAUGAACUUUGGGUUAACCCUAAUUGCCUCCCAAAAUAAUAAUUGAACAAAUCUCUAGGUGACCGGCCACUCCCUAGGAGGAGCUCUGUCGUCCAUCGCCGCUUCGUAUGUCGUCAAAAUCGGUCUUUUCCAAGGCCAGAACACCAAACUUCUCACGAUGGGACAGCCGAGAACCGGCGACUACAAAUACGCUCUAUGGCACCAGAAUACGGUAGGAUAGUAGCUGAUUCACUGAAUCGUUUUUUUAGUUCCCAUAUUCCUUCCGAAUCGUCCAUCACCAGGACAUUGUACCACAUAUUCCGCCCCAAUUGAUGCCUGAUGGGGAUGAAAUGUUCCAUCAUCGGACCGAAAUCUGGUUUGAAAGUUUUUAUAAUAAAUUUAAAUAACUUUUUUUAAAUAACAAGUGAUCAAGUUUGUUGCGGAAAAAAAGUUCUCCGGGUGAAGUUCGAAAAAUUAAUGUGAAAAAUAAAAAAAACGGAUAAUUGAAUUUUUUUGAAAUUCUACGUAUAUUUUCGUCAAAGAUUUUGAAUCUGAAUAAAAAAAUACAUAUGCUGAACCUGGUCUUUUUCAGAAGUCACCUUAUAAGUUGAACAAAGUUUGUUAUUUUUUUCAAGUUCUGAUGCUGCUAAUUUUUAUUUAGAUGCCCGGCAAUACAAACAAGGCUUGAUUAGUGAGAAUUAAAGUCUAAUUUUCGGUGGAUGUUCUUUUUUUUUAGAAAUCUAACAAGGGGAAGUUUUUCAUCCCCUGAUUGAAUUUUUGAAGUAACUAGGCUGAACUUCACUUUAGGACUUCUUGAUUUCAGAACAAAAAACAAAAAUUCUGGCAGUGAAUCUUGUUUCAAAUUCACGAAUCUUCAAAAUUUGCGAAAUAUCAUAUAUAUAACAAAAAAAGCGCUAUUUCAAGCUUUUUGAUUCUUUUUUUCUUAGUUUUUUUCACUAAAAAAAUGCUCUAAAAAAACCGUCAUCUGUGUUCUAAAAAAAGUUUGACGUCGAUCAGUCAACUAGGAAAAAAAAGUAAGAAAAAUUUCACUAAAAAGUCCUACCGUAACCCACUGAGGGAGCGGAGCCUCACAGCAACUAGCCUAAAAGUUUACACAUUAUGUCUAGUAACUGUGAUAAUAAUUUCAACUCUCAAAACAAUACUUGAAAAUUUUGUACCAACGGUUCAUCGCUUUUCUCGGAGAACGUGUCUUAAAUGUGAAGAUAUUCUGAGAAAAGAAUAUUUGAGGUACAACAACAACAUGACGGUCGGAGAGCCGUUCAACGUCUGCAAGGAGGCCGACGGCUUGUACUGCAGCAGCACCCAAGUCGAUACCAACGUCGAGGACCAUCUCUUCUAUUUCGGACAUUUCAUGCCGACUUGGGGCGAGCGAGGUUGUCCGUAA